GACAGUGGCCCAUCUCUAUUGCAGACAGUGCCGGUGAGCCAUUUGGAUAAAUAGAAUUGUAAAUAUUAGCCUCAAGAUGACCACGCUGCGACCCUUUACCUGCGACGACCUCUUCAAAUUCAACAAUGUAAACUUUGACCCACUUACGGAAACCUACGGCCUGUCCUUCUACACGCAGUACUUGGCCAAGUGGCCGGAGUACUUCCAACUGGCGGAGUCACCCAGCGGGCACAUAAUGGGCUACAUCAUGGGCAAAGUGGAGGGUCACCUGGACAACUGGCACGGCCACGUUACGGCGCUGACCGUCUCGCCCGACUACCGGCGACUGGGACUGGCCGCACUGCUGAUGAGCUUCCUGGAGGACAUUUCAGAGAAGAAGCGCGCCUAUUUCGUAGAUCUUUUCGUGCGGAAGAGCAACCAGGUGGCCAUUAACAUGUACACCAAUCUCGGCUACAUCAUAUACCGCACCAUACUCGAGUACUACUCCGGCGACCAGGAUGAGGAUGCAUACGACAUGAGAAAGGCCUUGUCGAGGGACGUGAACAAGAAGUCGGUCAUACCGUACACGCAGCCUGUACGACUGGAAGAUAUAGAUAUGAAUUGAUACGAUAUCAAACCCAGUAGCGCCCGCAAUAGCAUUUAUGUCUAACUGAUCACGAACCCGAACCCCAACCCGUAACCAAAAUUUUGAACGGGCGCGAACGCAUCACUUCGCCGCCCACUGAUUUCUAGUUAAAUUAGAUGUGUAAAUAAUCCGCAGUCAUCCCGGUGAUAAUAUGCCGCCAUUCUACUCUAACCGGUGUCCUGCUUGCGAUCCAAACCCCCCGACAUCCCGGCAACAUUUACAUGCAUAUCCCGCCCAUGAAAGCAAAUCUGUAAUAGUUAUAGUUUGUCUGACCCUCGUUACGAAUUUGAGCUCGAACUUUCUAAAAUUCUAUUGACUUUGAAAUUAUUUAAAGAUUUCUUAAGCCGAUGCGUAAAUAACUGUAUUUCAAAGAUUGUUCCACAGUUCUAAAGGUAAAUAACGUAAGCAACUUGAUCACUUCAUCAAUGUAAAUGACAAACAAGUAUCUAACGCCAUCGAUAUGAUCCCAAAUAAGCUCAUCCACGACCCGCUAACGAUGCCCAAUGUUUCUUGCAGAUAACAAUGCGAGAGCUGCGCAGGCAAAUGCGACACGAUCACUAAGUGGGACUAUUUGUGGCAGACAAACCCCAGAAGUAUUCACUCUGUCGGCCUGCCGAUUCCCAAAUUACUAUUGAUUUACGCUACGUAGACACCCCUUUUAUCAAACUAUUUCAAUUAAAUCAAUGUGCAUACAAAGA